AUGUAUCCAAGACGUUUCGAACCUAAUUACGAGGCUACAUUAACAUUAAUUAGACAUUUGGAUAAUGAUGGUCUUAAGGAAUUAGUUAAUAACGAUGAAGCUGUCGAAGAACUUGUUAAUAAUUGUGAUCAGAAAAAAGAAUUAGAAAUGGAAAAAGAAUUAAUAAUGACAAAAAAUAAAUCAGUUGCAGAGUAUAAUUUAUCAUUAGCACCUAAAUUAGAAUCUGGUAAAUCGAAAUUAAAAGAAUUAUAUGAUUCCGUGCAAGAACAAUGGGAAGCAAUCAAAGAAAAACAAUCUCAAAUUAGAAAUAGUGCCGGAGAAGUCAAUGGAGAUACUGCACUUGCCUUAUUACAAGCUGCUGCUGCUGAAUCGGAAGAAAAAUCAGAAGAUAUUGCCGAUCAAUUUUACAAUAAAGUUAUCGAAAUGGAUGAAUUUUUAGAACAAUUUCAAUCGGAGAGAAAAUUAAUGCACCUUCGUAGAGUUAAAGCUGAUAAAAUGAAAGAAUUACUUGCCAAGAAAAAUGGGGUGGGAACAGUAGUCGAAUCAUUUAAAUACCCAUCAGUUCCUUAUCCUAUUGGAAAUAUAAAUAUGCCAUAUUAUCCAAUGUUAAAAUAA